GGCUCUGUGUGCGGGGCGGCCUCCGCUCGGUCCCCGCCGGGCGCCAUGUGGGUGCUGCUGUCCCUCCUGGCUGUCGCGGCGCUGCUAGCGCCCCGCCGGAGCGCGGCUUCCCAGGAGGAGCAGCCGCCCGCAGUGCCUUCACCAACGGGGAUUGUAGUAACAUCUGAAAAUUUCAAAACAGUUUUGCAUUGGCAGUACCCACCUAUGUCUGAAACUCCACAUUUUAUUGUGGAAAUCAAGCCUUACAAUUCAGGUCGCUAUAAGAACGUCUCAACCUGUGUGAACACUUCAGCUCAUUUUUGUGACCUCUCAAAGGAAAUAUGUGACCCUUAUUCAUCUCAUUGGCUUCAAGUUAAAGCUGUUGUUGGGUCACAACAGUCUGAAUAUGUUGAGGCAAAUGAGUUUAUUUUGCAAAGGCACGGAAAAAUAGGACCACCAAAACUGAAUAUCUCAAGACAUGGUGAUAAAAUCCUGGUUGAUAUUUACCAUCCUGUAUUCCCUCAUUCUUGUAUUGAAGACAUUUAUUCAAAUCUGGCAUACUUGGUGACUGUUUGGGAUAGUGAAAAUAAGACUGAAGAGCUCUAUGAGGACAACUGUACAAUGCAAAAGUGUACCCUCAAAAUCCCAGUUCUUACUGAAAGUUCCACUUACUGUGUUUCAGCAAAAGGAAUUUUUGAUUCUCUGAUGGUUGGCACUCCAUCAGAGGAAAGUUGCAUUCCUGCUCCUCUCAGGCAGACAUCAAGUACACAUGGUAUCAUCAUUCUGUGUGUUGUUUUUGGGAUCUUGACGGUAAUACUGACAGUAUAUUGUGGCUGCAAGAAACUAAGGAAAAAUAACAUACAGCUGCCUAAGUCUUUGGUCAGUGUGAUGAGAAACCUGAACACGGGCGCCUUAAUGGGACCAAGAUCAGAGGGGAAGUAUAUAUCUGUAACAUCAGGCCUCUCGGAUUUGCCAGUGAAUGGUGAAGUAACCUUGCUGGAGAUAGAGUCAAAAGAACAAACUGCUAGUCCUGUGGAUUCCUGCGACGGAGAAUCUUCUGUCCCUUCCCCAGAGGCACCAGCCAAAGUAGAGGAGGUGCCUAUUCAGGAAGGCACAGAGGAGCUCUCUGUUGAUGCUGAUGAACAAAAUUGUGACGUAAAAGAGAGUUACUUCAUUUCUAACAGUAGCCAAAUGGAUAUAUGCAGUAAGUCUUCAGAGUCAGAGAUUUCUACUGCAGAAACACAGCCAACAGUCACUCCAAGCAGCUGCUUCAAGUUUUCUGGCUAUGACAAGCCUCACGUUCCAUUAGAUAUGUUGAUGAUAGAUGUUGGUGAAGAGCAGCCUGUGAAUGCUUACAGGCCAACUGAGUAGCCAAGAUAACUGAAGUGCUUAACCACAACUGAGAAAGAACAGCAUUACUGAAGGUUAUGGAAAGUCUAGAUUAAAUUGUGAACAUCUACAAGUUGUGCUUGUUCUGAUCAGUAAAAAAUUGAAAAUAGUACCUGAAAAUUGCAUAAAAAAUGUGGGGAAAAUUCAUAAUAACCACUUUUUAAAAUGCUUUUAUAUAUAACUCAUUAUUUCCUAUUUGAAAUAGUGCUGUGUUUUUUAACAAUACUCUAUAGAAAGCAUACCACUGACUAUAAAAGAGCAGCUGUACCAUUAUUCACUUCUGCUUCAAAUCUGGUUCAAAAUUAGUUCAAUGAAUAAAAUGCUUAAGAAAUCCUUCACUAGAUUAGACAUGUGCAAGAAAUGUUUAAGAGUUUUUACCAUUAUUGGAGGUAUCCUCUUGCUUAUCUUCUUCUUUUGAGGAAUUCAAAAUUCUUCUGGGACACUUUUAUCCUAAUUUUUAGAACAAUAUGUUCUCUAAAUAGAAAUUAAUAGAUUUUCUUCCAAGCAUGUUUUCUAGCAGGAUGAAAAUCACUGCCAUUUCACCUGUUUUAAUAACAUAAUUCAGGAACUAUGUAAAAUCACCCUCUAAAAAUAUGACUCAAGACAAUAGAAAAUAGUGUGAUUAAGUUGUACUUCAUAAGUUUUGUUGUCAUCUGACAGCCUUCUGAAUUUUGUAUCGUAGAGUUGUAGUUUUGAAAACUGAAUAUUAAGAAUUUUUUAUUUUUAUAUUUUUUUUCAUAUUGAAAUCCAUGUAAUCCAUUUAUUUCCCCUUAAUCAAGAUUUGAUAGGUAUUUUCUAUUUGUAGGAAAUGUUUAUAGCAAUUAUUAAUGAAGUUUAAUUCAGAAAAAAAGAACACUUUACGGGUACAAGUUGGUCCAUUCACACAAAAUUGUGGGUUUGUUUUAAAAGAUAUUUCUAUAGGAUUAUCAGAAUUGUUAGCCUGUUACAGCAGGUGGGUUUAAAGGAAAACCAGUGUCAUAGUACUUCUGUCCUUGCAUUUCUCAGUGAAGUUAAGGUGAAGUUAGUUUAUAUAGCAGUUUCGGGAGUGCUUCUAUUCUUGUAUAUAUCAGAUAUUGACCACAGUGGUACAAAAGAUUUAAAGACAAUAGCUAUUUUUCCCAGCACUCCUUACAGGAAGGUAACAGAUUGGUUACCAGGGUUUUGAUAAUUUUAGGAAAAGCCAAAUCAAGCAGGUGAAUUUUGUAGUUACAAUGUCAUGGAAAGCCCAGUUAGUAAUUAUUAGCUGGCUGUGAUUUGUUUCUGCAUUAUAUUCAAACAUAGUAAGACCCCCUAGCAACUUUUUCAAUGACAUGUUCUGGGCUGAGUUCCUAGAAGGCAGUGCUUAGUGACUAACUGCUGAGGAUGCACUACUGUGUAGGUCUUCCCAUGACAGAGGUGCAGAAAAUAACACUCUUGGUGUUACAAGAAGGCUUUUUGAAAAUCAGCAUUAAUUGCACUUGAAACUUCAACUAACCUGACUUUCCAGGUAGUGAUGUGGUUCAUCACUGAAGCUCCUAGCAGGCUGUCUACAAAGUACAUGAGCAGCUGUGUCUUGUGCAAAAAUUGGAGUUGAUGUAAUUUCUUUCUGAGUUUGGAGGUUUGUUGAUGAAUAUGAAUUGCAAUAAAUACGUCAGGAAUUUAUAAAUGUCAGAGAAGUGUUUAAGUUAAGCUUACUUCUGAAAGGAUAAAGAGAACAUUAAAAACUGUAAAGUUAGUCUUGUUUUUUGGGAAGAAGUUUCUGACCAGACAAUUUGCUGAGUAUUUUGUUUGCAACUGCUCAGAGUAUUUAACCUUGCACUUGGUUGCUUGUUUUCCUUCUGUCAGUUUUGUCAAAAAAGAAAUAAAAUGUUGAUGUUGUCCGGGAAUGUCAGGAAUUAGCUCUGGUAGUUGUUGGGUUUGAUGUAUCUGCCACAAAACCAAGAUUCUGUCAGAAGCAUGCUUUUUUUUUUUUUUUUUUUUAAAUUAGAUUUACAUUCUUAGCAGGCCCUGGUGCUGUUAGAACCAAGACUUAGCAUCUUAAUUUGUGUGAGCUAAGUUCUGGAAGUUUUUACUUUGCUGACACAGUGGAAGAGGAAUGCAGAUAGACACAUUAUAAAACCAAGUUGACUAUCUCAGGUUCUUUUCUCUUACCCCUGCAAUACAACUACAUUGUACAUUCUUCUGAAGCUUUCAAAUCCCAUAGAGUCAAAUGUGAGUAAAAGGACCCAGCCAGGAGCUAGGAUAUCUUUAAGAACAGUGAUGUUAAGAUCAAUAAGAAAUGACACAAAAAUAUAACAUACGGGAAAAAUUUGUCAUGGCAGCUAGUCACUUCUAUUGGAAAGGUGGUGUUAUUUUAGAAGCUGAAAAUCAAAAACAGUGGUAUGAGUGCUCUGUACUAUAUCAUGUAUAUAUACAACAGAACUGCUCUUGAAAUAAAACCAGGUUUAAUGUACAUUUAAAUCAAAAUUUCUGAACUGUAAAUACAGAAGCCAGUGAACUAGCACCAUCCCUGCAGACUGUCUUCUGUGUGCUGCAUACUUACCUAGCGGCACAGGGAUAGUUCAGAUGUCUAAAUUGCUCAGGCCAGUUUACAGCAUUUGUAGUUGUGAAAUAAGGAAGUUUAAGGGUGCACAAAGCACAGAAUCCUUUUACUAGCUGUGACUAGCUGAAAAUGUGAGGCCACAGGGAGACAGGAUGUGUUUCUGGGUCACUAAGCUCUGUUACCACCAGGCCUGUGUUUAGCAGUUGCCAGCAGUGGUAUUGAAAGCCUAAGAGUAGGGCAAGUCAUGGUGGUAAUUUCUGUUUGGAUAUGGUCCAGCAGCUUGUAGUGUGAGGAUUUCUUGGGAUGGGAAUGGAAAUGCCUUUCCUGCUACAGCUAGUUAGCCUUGCUUUUGCAGUUCUGUAAUACCAAAUAUCUGAGCAAUGUGGUUGGCAACCUGUCAGGUAGUAUUUAUCUGUACAUUUUCACUUAAUUGAGUUAAUUUAAUUGAUUCAUAUUCUUGUGAUGAAGUAGUUUGCUUGAGCUUCUGAAUAUUCAUACAUUGCACCUUGAUCCAGAAUAUGAAAGUGCCUAACAUUUAUACAUUGAAAAUAAGUUAAUACUCAUGCCUUUAUAGGCCUAUCAGCUAUCCAGUAUGACACACUUAAAAGGUUUUGCCACUUCAGACCUUUUCAGCUGAUUUUUAUUCUUGUCCUGGCUGCUUAGCAGUCCUCCCUUCCUCUUGCUUCAAGAUGAUUUGGGUGAUAAGACUCCAAAACGUUAUAUACUGUGAAAGAGAACUUUACUUUGGCCUCAUACCUGCCAACAUUUCUAAGAACUUCUUUGGUUCUUCUUCUCGAGUGGACAUUGUAACAUUGUAAUUUUUAUUAUUAGAUCUGCAGUUAACAAUGAAGUUUUGUGGCAGUACUGUGUGCUGGCACAAAAACAUAGAAGCUGCUUUUGUAUGGUUUUCCAAAUAAGUCAAUAAUAGUUUAAAAAAAAUUGUCAAAUCUACUGAUAUCUGUGGAAACAAGACAGUUGCAUGGAACAGACUCACUUUUUUACUACUUUUUUUUUUAAUCUUUUUUUUUAUCCUUCAUAGAAGAUUGCAGAAAAAGAAACUUGCAUGAGAAAACCUGUUUUUCUCAGGGUUGCUGAAGUAAUUUGCUCUGAAGUCAUUCCAUGUAAACAGUUGAGUAUUAAUAAGAGAUGUUGUACUUGGCUCAAAUUAAUAGUUUCAGCAUGUCUUUAAAAAAACAAAAACUCAAAAAGCAAAAAUGCACAACCAAAAUGACAAACCAAACACAAAGCACCUUUUAUCUCAGGGAAAGGUGACCUGUGUAGAUUCCUUUAGUGUGUUUUUUUUUAUAGUUCAGUCCUUUAUGAAGUUCUUGUUUAUUAAUACUCUUUCUCUAAUUGAAUGCCAUUGUUGGGCUGAAAUCUGUAAUGAAAUUCCUGUAAAUACUGUACUAUUUAAAUGUUCUUAUAUGUAAAUUAAAAAAAAAAAUCUAAGAAGGAAA